CAGUUUUAAAGAGCAGACGUCGAACGAUGGUUCAUAUUUAUUUUUGUGAUAACAAUCAAAGUGGAAUGAAGCAUUACAUAAGUUUGGAACGGCGAUAUCACAAAGUUUUGAAAUAAGGAUUUAUACGGCCACUAAUUGACAUUCGCAUGAAUUGUUAGAUAGCUCUUGUUACGGAAAGGCGUACACACAUUUCGCUGUCAACUCUACACCUAAGAAUGAAGGAGACCAUUCUUGUUGCGCUGUUGUUGCAAGUCUCGUUUACUAGAUCAGAAGUUGCACUGAAUCAAAAACUCCACAAUCACAAGGAAAUGUUUGAAAAUUUUGUCUGCCCAGAGCCAAACGGAGUUUUCCCGAGUGAAACGUGCUCCGACUAUUAUCUUUGUGUCGAAGGUGUUCCAUACGUCCAGCAUUGCCCAGGGGACUCGAUCUUUGACCCCCAGACACAAGUAUGUCUUCCUCCGGGAGCCAAUUCCUGCCAAGGGGUAACGACUACAUCCACAACAACAACAACAACUCAGUCGUCUACCUACACAUCUUCCUCAACAACUUCAUCCACUAUCACUACACCGGCUGUCUUCACGUGCCCAAGUUCUAGUGGAUUCUAUCCCGUUCCUGAAAGCCCCUGCAGCAAUUUGUACUACACUUGCAUUAGUGGUGUUCCAUAUUUGUCGACCUGCCCUGGUGGUUCGAUUUUUGAUCCUGUGGCUUUGAUAUGCGUAUCGCCAGAGUCUGCCUCAUGUUCACCAACAUUUCAAUGUCCAUCGGAUAGCGGUUCUUUCCCCAUUGCAGGAGCAUGUAGUAAUAAGUUCUACACAUGCGUAUCUGGAAAAUCUUAUGAGCAGAACUGCAAUGAAAAUUACGUAUUUGAUACGAUUCGGUUGAAGUGCGUUCCUUCAGCAGAAGCAUCUUGUUAACCUACACGCGGCGCAUGAAUUAUGACAUUUUUGCUUCAUUUGCAUGUUUCAUUCCAAAAUUUAUCUAGGGCAGAAUGCUGUAAAAAUUAAUCUUGCUGGCCUAUACGUACAGCAUUUUCGUCACUGAAAUACAGUACAAUGGAGAAAUAA